AUGUACGCUUUUGGUCUUGCAGGGUUGGCCCUCGUGGCUUCGGUCGCGGAGGCGUCGCUUCAGAUUGUGCCGGGUGCGACAUGGACAGCAACCAACAAUGGGCAAGGCGUGCAAGCCCACGGCGGAGGCAUGUUCAAAGAAGGCAACAAGUGGUACUGGGUCGGCGAAGACAAGACCGACGGGAGCGCAUUCCAGAACAUCAAUUGCUAUUCCUCAAGCAACCUGGUCGACUGGGCGUACGAGGGCGCCAUACUUUCGCGCACCGCAUCCGGCGAUACGGGCCCGAACCGCGUCAUUGAGCGGCCCAAGAUCGUGCACAACAAGAAGACGGGCAAAUACGUCCUCUGGAUGCACAUUGAUAGCUCCAACUACGGGGAAGCCAAGGCGGGUGUGGCCACGGGCGACCAGGUGUGCGGCAAGUACACGUACAUUGGCAGCUCGCAGCCGCUGGGAUUCCAGAGCAGAGACUCAAGCGUGUUUGUCGACGACGACGGAAAGGGGUAUUUGCUUUCAGAAGAUCGCCAAAACGGGCUUCGCAUUGAUGCCCUUUCAGAUGACUACCUCCAGGUGACUUCGAGCGUGCACCUCUUCAGCGACGACUACGAGGCGCCGGCGCUCGUCAAGAAGAACGGCGUCUACUUCAUGUUUGGCUCCAAGCUCAGCGGAUGGGCUCCCAACGACAAUCGCUACAGCACGGCGACGUCGCUCGCGGGGCCAUGGUCGGCAUGGAACACCUUCGCCGACGUAGGAUCCAACACGUACGCGUCGCAGACGGCCUUUGUGCUGCCCGUCGGCAACAAUUUCAUGUACAUGGGCGACCGCUGGCACAGCGAGAACCUCAUGCGCAGCACGUACGUGUGGCUGCCGCUCACCAUCUCGGGCACUACGGCCACCAUGAAGAACCACGUGAGCUGGAUCAUAAACCCCAGCACGGGUGCCAUAAGCACAGCGCCCUCGGAGAACACGUAUCAGGGCCCCUCUGCCACGCUGGCCAACGGCGCAAAAGUCUCGACGUGCUCGUCGUGCCCGAGCUCGACCUCGAGUUUCGCGGGCAAUAUCGGUGGGCCGUCCAACGGCUCUGCGACCUUCACCAGUGUACAGUCGUCUGUCGCCACGAGAACCACCAUCAGGAUCGUGUACCGUAAUGGCGAUAGCAAACAGCGGUAUGCAAUGGUCACAGUAAAUGGGAAGACGCAGACGAUUGCGUUUUUCCCCACUGUUGACAGCGACCCGGGCACGUCGGUGGCAAACGUCGACUUGAAGCAGGGCACCAACCAGAUCACGAUUGCGGGAAUCAAUGGGGGAUGGGGCCCAGAUGUUUUCCGUGUUAUUGUGCCUGUGUCGUGA